CCAGGUGUUCCUACGUUCAUGGAUGUCGGUUCUGUUCGGUUCGCGCCGUUCGCGGUCUGUCUCCACGGUGCAAAUGUCAAUCGCGAGAAGUGACACAAUAAUAAUGGAGGCGUGUAAUGCUGUUGAGCGCGAGGUGGAUAAGGUUCUGUCGAAAUUCGGCGCGAUAAAUGAACACGCGGAGACAGUGCUGCACGACCUGAUAAAUCACAUCCAGUCUCUGAAAAAGGAUCUAGAAGAAGCGCCACCUAAUCAGGAACUGACGGCUGGCCAAGUACAAAUGUUGAAGCAAGCAAUGACAAAAGUACGCGAUACUGUACAAAGAUUGGCAACGGAUCACCGCGAUUUGCACAGUACAGUGUCUAAGGUGGGUAAGGCGAUAGACAGAAAUUUCAUUGCCGACUUUGCUAGCACCAGCAGGGAAGACGUGUUUUCCGGGCCGGAGAAAUCUCAUCUCUUGAACCAAAUAAUCUGUCAGCACUUUUAUCGUCAAGGGAUGCUAGACAUUGCGGAUGAAUUAGCAGUAGAAGCUGGCAUCAAAACCGACGAAGGCAGGAAGGAACCGUUCACAGAACUGAACUAUAUACUGGAUUGUCUAAAACAGAGAAAUCUCGAGCCGGCGUUAGAUUGGGCUAAGAAACACAGAGAAGCACUUUUAGCGCAGAAUUCCUCUCUCGAGUUUAAACUACACAGAUUACAUUUUAUAAGAUUAGUCCAACAAGGCCCUAGCAAGCAGAGGGAAGCGAUACUGUACGCCCGUCAAAAUCUCACGCAGUUUGUCGGACGUUACGAGAAAGAAGUGCAAUCUCUAAUGGGAACGUUACUUUACCUGCCACAUGGAAUCCAAUCGUCUCCCUACAGCCACUUGUUAGAUCCCACUUUAUGGCUCGAGAUACACGACGUUUUCACUAAAGAAGCGUGUACAUUACUAGGCUUAAGUGUGGAUAGUCCCUUAUCUGUUUGUAUCAACGCAGGAUGCACCGCGCUACCUGCGCUACUAAACAUCAAACAAGUCAUGCAGCAGAGACAAGUUACCGGUAUCUGGAGCGGUAAAGAUGAAUUACCUAUCGAGAUAGAUCUGGGAAAACAGAGCCGUUAUCAUUCAGUCUUCGCCUGUCCCAUACUCAGGCAACAAAGCACGGAGAACAAUCCACCGAUGAAACUGGUUUGCGGCCAUGUCAUUUCUCGAGACGCACUGAACAAGCUCGCCAACGCAAAUAAAAAUCAAUUUAUCUCCAGGUUGAAAUGCCCGUACUGCCCGGCGGAGCAGAAUCCCGAAGAUGCGAGACUUAUUUACUUUUAAGCUGUGAUAUACUAUCUAUACAUAUAGUAAUAUAUACAUUAUAUAUAUAUAUGUGUGUGUGUGUGUGUGUAUAAGGACAAUAUACACAUGUAAGAGAGUUAGUUUUGCAGUUUCUUUGUAACGAAUUAUAUCGAAUGCAAAAGAAUAAUACAAAUUAUGUGCAAUAA